UGGGUCACAUGGGUAAAGAAAAUAACUGUUUACUGUUAGGGGUUAAAAUUACAUCAGCAUACGGUCAAAACUUCUGGUACAGUCAAACAGGUAAGGACUAAAAAACUGGUUAUUCAGAUGUCAUAUCAUAGGGAUGUUGUUUUCAUUUAAUAUAUUGUAGUCUAUUUGAGAAAUGCAGCAUUAUUCUUCUCUUCACUUGGAGCAUGUCAACUGUAGGUGUGGAAGUAGGGUGUCUCAUAAAGUUAUGCUAUGUGUAUUAAAAUGUGGUCUUUGAAAAAUUCAGGGUUCAUAUCAUCCGAGGAAAAUCAUGGACCGAAAUAAAUGGAUGGGUCUGGUUUUGUUUGUGGCACACUUUGCUUCCUUGUCUUGCAUGGGCCUUGAAGUAUGUAAAUGCGAAAACACAAAACGCUAUUCUAAGAAUAACUGUUGUGCCACCAUUGUGAAUAUGACUGGAGAUGAUUGUGAGUUCAUAAAAAUUAUAGUUAUUUUUCCUUUCAAAUAUGUUUUUGACAAGGAUGAACCAAAAAAGAAAUAAAUAUUUUGCAUCAAUAAUUUUUUUCUCUGCUGCAUUUUCCAAAUGUGUCAUUCCUCAACAUUCUCUGCCCAGGCAGGAAUUAUGUCUGUUUUCUCAAGAAAAAUAAAAAUGGAUUGCAGAAGGGUAAGCACAUGCACACAUUUAUUACUGUACUUCCAUUUUGCAUUUGUAUAUUUUCCAACUUGAUUGUGAAAAUAAACGUGUGUUUCCUUAUUUCAUGAUUAGGAAAAUUCCUGAGCAUUAAUGACGCCAAUCAUGAUCCACAUCUAAGAAUUGGAAAGUCCAUCUUCAAAAAACCGACGACUCUGUGUGUCAAAGGCGGCCCCAACCCAAUCCGAAUUAUAUAUAUAUAUAGAGGUGUACAUUUCCAAAAAAACUGGCAGUUAUUUUUCUCCUUUUAACAAAUUAAUGUUUUGUUCACAAUGAGCAGAAUGAAUUAAUCCAUUGUGCAGAAAAAAAUAUUAUUAUUAUUUUGCUAUCCAAAAUCUCAAGGCAGCUGCCCGGAAUGUGCCACCAGAGAGUUGAACUGCACCCAUUUCCCUAAAGGGGACCCAUGCAACGGUACUGUAGAUGAAAACAGGGAAUACUGUAACAGGUUCAAAGGUAUGUAUAGGCCUACCUCAAACUGGUGGGAAGAAACAAAGUAUUAAAGUAAACUUGGAGUUAAGAGUAAGAGUUAGAGUUGGUCUUUGUUGUGCGUGCUAAUUGUGAUGGGUGUAAUCGGUUUCCAUCUGGACCCUAUGUCCAUACUGCUUUGUUGUUGUUGUUGUUGUUGUUGUUGUUUAGGUAUGAGUGGCGGUGCUUACUACUUCUUCAACAUACAAACCAAUGGAUCAAGCAACUGCUAUAUUUGUAAAAAUAGAGGGAUGAGACCUGGACAAGAAAUAUCUGAAAAUCUGUUCACUGACGAGGGACCUGACCCUGCUGAGGCAGCGAAAUUUAUGAAUAAUUUGGACUCGUACCUUCCUAAGAUGAAUGAGUCUUCGGCUCUCGUGUCCAUUGGUGCCACCAAGGGCAUCAUGGUGAAACAAGAUGAGCUUGAAAUCGACGAGAUCGGUGGGGUCUCUGUUGGCUAUGGCUGUGGGGAAAAUAACGAUUUGCUAAUUGCUGAUGAUGAAAAAGAUCUAUCUACCUGUGCAGGAUCUGUUUUGAUCUCAAAAGAAGCAUUUCAAGAUGCAUACAUACGGAACGCCACUGUUCCGUUUGCAGGUAUUUUCAGAUUCAACAAUAUGGAUAAGGAUGAGUUGAACAGCGGUGUCUUGCUCAACCAGGUCAUAGCAAUUGACAUGGGGACUGCCAUAACCAAUCUCAGCGACAGAAUUAAAUUAAAUUUCAGGAGUGGGACAGAGGAAGGGAUACCAUCUUGUCGUUCGUGGAAUGGUGAAGGUAGUCUGCCAAACUGGACAGAGAAUGGAUGUGACACAAUAGUGUCUGGAGACAAUGUUUCAUGCCAGUGCUCCCACCUGACAUUCUUUGCUGUGAUCAUGUCUCCACUCCACAAUACAACCAUCUCGGCAGCUGACCUCAGGUCCCUCAACUACAUCACCUACAUCGGAUGUGGCUUGUCGAUUUUCUUCCUGGGCAUAGCUUUCUUCAUGCAUUUUGUGAUGAGGAGGACCAAGGCCAGCAAGAGCAAAGAGAUCCUGAUCCAGUUGAUGAUUGCCCUGUUCCUGCUCAACCUCUCCUUCCUGACCAAUACGUUGGUUGCAAACCUGCAGAGCACUUGGAGCUGCCAGGCAAUGGCAGCCUUUAUGCACUACUCCAUGUUGGUUACCUUCACAUGGUUUGCUAUGAAUGCCUUUCACCUCUGGCUGAACUUCUACUAUGGCGGUAACAUUUCCAUCCAGCGUUACAUACUCAAAGUGUCUGUCACAGCCUGGGCAAUUCCAAUUGUAUUGGUGGUUACCCUUUUAAUUCUGGGAAAGUAUGGCGAGAUAGCCAUUGCUUCGGAAGGCCAUAAGACUACCAUGUGCUGGAUGACAGAUGAUGAGAUCCAGUACAUCAUCAACAUCACCUACUACGCCGUGGUCUUCCUCUUCACCUUCUCAACCCUCAUUGUCCUCCUGUCCUGGCUCUACCUGACCAAAACGUCUCGAGAAGAGAACGUCAGAAUGGGCGGUAGCAGCGCGGGCAUCUGCAGUGUCUUUGGACUGUGCUCCACUCUGGGCGUCACGUGGGGCUUUGCGUUCUUUGCACACGGUGUCCUGCGGCUGCCCUCCUACUACGUCUUCACCAUUCUCAAUUCUUUCCAAGGCUUUUUCCUUUUUCUUUACUACUACAAAACCAGUGAAAUGGUAUUUGAAGAAGAGAGCUCCAGUAGCAGCAGCCAGAACAUGACCGAUGUUACUGAAUGAUGCAGGCGCAUGCAAAUCUUCCCCUUCGUGCUCAUAAUGCCUUUCUUCCUUCUGUGUUGUAUGAGGCCUUACUCAAAUGACCUGGGUUCUGUUACCACCUGAUUGAAACACUGACACUCGAUUGAAUGGUCAUCAGCCCAAUAAUAAUACCCAUUGAAUCGAGUUAUAACACAAAACGUUAUGUGCCAUUACUCACGUAAUCAACUGCAACGUUGUAAGAGUAACCAAUUUUGAGUUUGAUAUGUUUAAAAUCGGAUUAGUCAAUGAGUUGUGCAAUUUUUCAUGUAUUGCAUUAUUUUUUAAUUAGCUACUUAUAUAUUCUGGUAAUUGUGCAGCAGUUAUGCAAAUAAUUAUGUUCUUGAUAAUAGGGGGUCGUAAAAUUGUAGGAUAAAUAGCAAUUGGUGGGCAAGGUUAUUGAUGGUCAAAAUUAUUUUACCAUCUUUAUAGACGUAGUAGUUUGUUAAUGGCUUAUUAUUUGUUUGUCAAGUAAGAAUUUGUUUGAAUAAACUGUUGAUAAAG